GAAGGACCCCGCGCCGCCAAGCGCCCCGAGGACUCCGUGGAGGGUGGGCGCCGCCGAGGGCUCCUGCCGCCGGCAGGUUUCCGCGGAGUGCCGCCCGGCUUCGCGCUGCCGCCGCCGCGGCCCAUGGGCAGAGUCGGCCGGGCGGGCCGGCAUUAAACUGAGAAAAGAUGUCCCUUUACGAUGACCUAGGAGUGGAGACAAGUGACUCAAAAACAGAAGGCUGGUCCAAAAACUUCAAACUUCUGCAGUCUCAGCUUCAAGUGAAGAAGGCAGCUCUCACUCAGGCAAAGAGCCAAAGGACAAAACAAAGUACAGUUCUUGCCCCAGUCAUUGACCUAAAACGAGGUGGCUCCUCAGAUGACCGGCAGAUUGUGGACACUCCACCGCAUGUAGCAGCUGGGCUGAAGGAUCCUGUUCCUAGUGGGUUUUCUGCAGGGGAAGUUCUGAUUCCCUUAGCUGACGAAUAUGAUCCUAUGUUUCCUAAUGAUUAUGAGAAAGUAGUGAAGCGCCAGAGAGAGGAACGACAGAGACAGCGGGAGCUGGAACGACAAAAGGAAAUAGAAGAAAGGGAAAAAAGGCGUAAAGACAGACAUGAAGCAAGUGGGUUUUCAAGGAGACCAGAUCCAGAUUCUGAUGAAGAUGAAGAUUAUGAACGAGAGAGGAGGAAAAGAAGUAUGGGCGGAGCUGCCAUUGCCCCACCCACUUCUCUGGUAGAGAAAGAUAAAGAGUUACCCCGAGAUUUUCCUUAUGAAGAGGACUCAAGACCUCGAUCACAGUCUUCCAAAGCUGCCAUUCCUCCCCCCAUGUAUGAAGAACAAGACAGACCGAGAUCUCCAACUGGGCCUAGCAACUCCUUCCUCGCUCACAUGGGGGGCACAGUGGCGCACAAGAUCAUGCAGAAAUACGGCUUCCGGGAGGGCCAGGGUCUGGGGAAGCAUGAACAGGGGCUGAGCACCGCCUUGUCGGUGGAGAAGACCAGCAAGCGUGGCGGCAAGAUCAUCGUGGGAGAUGCCACAGAGAAAGAUGCAUCCAAGAAGUCAGAUUCAAAUCCACUGACUGAGAUACUUAAGUGUCCUACUAAAGUGGUCCUCCUAAGGAACAUGGUUGGUGCGGGAGAGGUGGAUGAAGACUGGGAAUUUGAAACCAAGGAAGAAUGUGAAAAAUAUGGCAAAGUUGGAAAAUGUGUGAUAUUUGAGAUUCCUGGUGCCCCUGAUGAUGAAGCAGUACGGAUAUUUUUAGAAUUUGAGAGAGUUGAAUCAGCAAUUAAAGCGGUUGUUGACUUGAAUGGGAGGUAUUUUGGUGGACGGGUGGUAAAAGCAUGUUUCUACAUUUUGGACAAAUUCAGGGUCUUGGAUUUGGCAGAGCAAGUUUGAUUUUAAGAACUAGAGCACGAGUCAUCACCAGUGAUCCUUAAACGAACUGCAGCUGAGAAAAGAAGGAAAAAGGUCACAGCCUGCAUGGCUGUUGCAUACCAAGACUCUUAGAAAGACUUCUAAGAUAUAUGUUGAUUGAUCCCUUUUUUAUUUUGUGGUUUUUUAAUAUAGUAUAAAAAUCCUUU